CAUGGUUUUGCAUACCCCUGAGCGUCAUUUUACAUCUAAUCAUGAUUACAUUCCAACAGUUUAUUUAAUGCAAAAGUUCUGUAUUGGAAUAUGAAAAAACCUGCACUAUCUUCUAUACUGUUAUUGCAUUGGAACAUACAUAUUAAAUAAACCCUACCUUUUUAUUAUUUCUCCCUAUGUCUAUAUAUUUACGUAUAAACUCUUCCAUUUGCAUGUGCUAACUGUUCCAUCUCCCCAUUCCCGUUUUUCAAACAAAAGUUGAGCGGUAGGGUUUCGUUUCUCCUUCCCCAUUUCCAUUCUUAUUCUCCAUUCAACCUUGCUGAUAUUUUUCUGUUACUUCCAUUUUUGUUUCUAAACAGAAUAUGAGCCGAAAAUUUUCCCCCAUUAAGGAGGUCAACGAUUCGAAAGAAACAUGGAGAUUGGCUGUUCGAGUUGUUGAUAUUUGGAGUGUUAUCAACAGCAAGGGUAAGGAGCAUCUGGAGAUGGUUAUAAUGGACGUAUCGGGUGAUAGGAUACAAGUUUUGAUUCGUUCUGACCACACACCAAAAUGGAAAACACGAAUACGCGAAAACAUGUCUUGCAUAAUCAACAAUGGAACUGUUUAUGAUAACGAUUUUCAGUGGAAGCUUUGUGAUCAUGACAAGAAGUUUGUGUUUAUUGGUGGUACAACUGUGAAGGAAGUUGAUAUUCAGAACCUUCCUCCCAAAAGAUUUUUUUUCAAAGACUUUUCUGAUAUUCUUGGAGGCAAUUGUGAGAUGAGCCGACUUGAAGAUAUCAUUGGUGUGGUUCAGGAAAUCAACAAUUUUCAAUAUAACAAUUCUGGGAAAAAGUCCUUUGUUUCAUUGAGUCUUAAAGACUUGAAGUAA